AUGUCAAUUGUGAAUCUAGAUGAGAAUGAAUAAAAUCAACAUUAAGAAAUAAAAGAAACACAAGACAUUCAAAUUGAUAUUAUAACCUUUGAUUAACAUGAGUCAUUAUUAGAUACAUAUACAUACUAUAUUAUCAAAGGAAAAGAUAAAAUCGGAUUCUUUGAAGUCUAUAGACGAUAUAAGGAUUUCAUAUCAUUAAGGGAUAUAUUAUUAAUAAGAUGGCCUGGAUGUUUCAUUCCAGGAAUUCCAGGUAAAAAGAUGUUUCAAGGAAAUGAUAUCAAAACUGCAUCGGAACGAUUAAGAUUCUUGAAACAAUUCUGUAAUAAAAUGAAAUUAUUACCUAAUCUUUAUUACAGUUAAGAAUUUAGUCAAUUAUUCUUAAGAUCUAAAGACAAGGAGAUUCAUAAAAUAUUGUAAAUAUUGAAAUGUAUAUUAAUAGUGAAUAAAUGUAAAAACCAAAGACAUCAGAGUUAAUUUAAAAAUAUCAGCUUAAUUUUAUAGAAUUAUAAGGAGUAUUAUAUAUUUCUAUUUAGCGAGAUAUUGAUUAAACUUUAGAUAAGAAAAUUGAAGGCUUUGUGGAAAAAUUGAAAAAUAAUUAAAUUUAAUUAAAAUUAGCAAAAAAGUAUAUAAGAGAUUUGUACUAAUCAUAAGAAUUAUAUAAUUAAAGUUUAGAGAAAAUUAUGAUUAUGCAUUUACCAAAUUAUGAGAAAUAGUUUAUUUAGAUAUAUUAAAACAAUUAAUUUGAUAAUUUGUUGUUCACAAAUGAAAAUAUCAAGAAAUAAUUGGAUACAUAAUAUAAUUAAAGUGUCAUUUUCAAAAGAAGAAAUAUAGAUAAACUAUAUGAAUAUAUUAGAUAAGAAUUGAAAGAUAUUAAGGUCUUGUAUUAUAAUUUAUUAAGUUUAGGCAUUUCAUUAGAGUUUGAAAACUAAAAAAGAAUAUGAAGAAUUAAAAAAGAAAUUAGAAGCUAAAUAAUUAGAAACAUAAUAAGAAUUAAAUAAUGUAAAUGAUGGUAAAAAUCCUAACUUUUUAAAAAAUAUAUUUAAUAAAUAAACACCAGAAUAACUUAAAAGUCAUUUAAAUAUAUAGAUAUAAACAAAUUAAAAUGAAUUAGAUAAUUUAUAAAAUCUAAUUGAUAUAAUGUAAGCAAUAAUUGGAUUUAUAGAAAUUGAACGAUUUUAAGAUAUAAAAUUUAAAUUCUAUUCAAAUCUAAUAAAAUAAGUAUCAGAAUUAGAAUAAAAAUUAAUUGAUGAAUAGAUUCAAUAUUGGUAAUAUAUUGAAUUAUAAUCAUCAAAUUUGAUUAAUUAAUUACAUCUUGGUCCUCAUAAAUAGUUUGAAAAACAAUAAUUAAAUCAAGUUAUUGAAUAAAAAUAAGAGGAUAAAGAAUAUGCAGAGUAAAAUUAAUCUCUUUAAAAUGAGAAUCAUAAUGAAAUAUAUUAAGAAUAAAAUAAUAAUUAAGAUAUUAAUUAAUAAGAAUAUGAAAAUGAAGAAGAAAAUGAGAACAUUUAAUAAUAAUAAUAAGAAGAUGAAGUAGAAGCAGAAGUCAAUAUAUCUUAAUAAGAAAUAGAUGAUGAAAAUCAAUGA